AAGAACUGUCCACCUCGUGACAAAAUCACGUGAGCGGUCCGCAGCGUGACGUAACAUCAGCUGACUGCGGCCAACAGACGAACAAGACAAAUCCUCCGUCGACCUUCAUUUCGGUGAAUUCCUCCGGUUUGUCCUCCGUUUCAGCGGAUCCAACAUGGCGAGCCAGUCGCAGGGCAUCCAGCAGCUGCUGCAGGCCGAGAAGAGAGCGGCCGAGAAGGUGGCCGAAGCCCGCAAACGUAAGAACCGGCGUCUGAAGCAGGCGAAGGAGGAGGCGCAGGCGGAGAUCGAACAGUACCGACUGCAGAGAGAGAAAGAGUUCAAGACCAAAGAGGCGGCUGCCCUCGGUUCCCAUGGCAACAGCGCGGUGGAGGUGGACCGCGACACUGUCGAGCGGAUGGGUCGUAUCCAGGCCAGUUACCGCGGUAACCGGGAGGAGGUGCUGGGUGAGCUGCUGCGACGCGUCUGCGACAUCCAUCCGGAGUUUCAUGCUAACUACCGCGUGGCCGGCUGAGUGGGCGGGGCCACAAGGCCGCAGGGGGCGGGACAAACAGAGGAGACAUGGACGUUAGCAACAUUAGCUUCAAAAAACAAACAAAAUUGUCUGAAAUUCUCUUAUUUUUAAGGUGCGAAGUUCAUUACUUCCUGUUUUCCUGCUCCGGACAAAGAGAACAUUAAUAACUGUUGUUACCGUGUUGAUGUUUACGAAAUAUUUCUAUAUAUCGAAGCAAUUUUUCUUUGUUUUGUUAAAUCUUUCCUGAAUCUAACAAAAUAAGUCUUUCUUCAGUGUAUCUCUGUGAGGUUUUUAGAGAAAAUCAGCCAAUCAGCUGUCAGAUUUAAUGAGCUGAUCGGUUGUUUUUCUCUGAACUCUCUCCUCCAAUCAGGACGCACGACUCGUCUCUGCCUUCUAACCUGAUUGGCUGGAGAAAGUGAAAAGGCUUUAAUUGUGAAGCUCUUGCGUAUUUCCACAGCGCUUUUGGUUGUUUCCUGUGUGUGACCAUGUGACUUCCUGUUGUUGUGAUCACUUCCUGUUGAUGUUUGUGAAGUGAUUGAUGAUGAAAAAAAUGAAAAUAUUAAACUAAAUGUUGACUGGCUGAAACUGUAA